AUGACAGAACCAGAAACCACACCGCAAGAAUGGUGGGCUUUAUUGCCCGCCGUCCGCUCUACCCCACCAAUCAUCAGUGCCGACGAGGUAAUGAAGCUCUUUGACGACAUGGACAUCACUCCUACACCACGAACCUUUCUCCUAGUCGACGUCCGAAGAACUGAUUGGGAAGGAGGAACCAUCAAGACUUCGUUAAAUCUCCCUGCUCAGAGUUUUCACCAGACCAGGAAGACGCUGUUCGAUUUGCUUGAGAGGGGAGGGUUUAAGAAGGUGAUUUUCUAUUGUGGGGCAAGUAAUGGGAGGGGCCCUAGAUGUGCAGGCUGGAUGCAAGAUUAUAUUGAUGAUGUUGCAAAGUUCGGACGAAAGAGUGAUGUCAAGGUGUUUACUUUGGCCGGGGGGAUCAAAGGUUGGGUAAAGGAGUUUCAAGGAGCUUUAGUCGACGGGUAUGAGGAGGAGUAUUGGGAACAAUUCAAGUGA